UCUCGGCCGCCCGGCGGCGCCGCUCGGGACCUGCUCGGACGCUCGGCGGCCUGCGCGCCCGGGCCUCCAUGGCGUUCACCCGGAAGAGGCAGCGCGAGCAGCAGCUGCAGCUCUACUCCUCCAAGGAGAGGUUCUCCUUGCUGCUGCUCAAUUUGGAGGAGUACUACUUUGAGCAGCAUACGGCUUUCCACGUCCAGAGCCAGGACAGCCACGAGGAGAGGAAAACCAGAGGCUCCUUAAAGAUAUGUUCAAAAUCAGUGAUUUUUGAACCAGAUGCGAUCUCCCAGCCCAUCAUUAAGAUCCCUUUGAGAGACUGUUUGAAAAUAGGAAAACGUGCAGAAAAUGGAGCCAACAGACACCUUACAAAGGCAAAAUCUUCAGGUAUUUCACUCAUUUUCAGACAGGUGUACUUCAUUAAAGAACACAACAUUGUGGCGCCAUAUAAGAUAGAACGGGGAAAGAUGGAGUAUGCCUUUGAACUGGAGGUUUCUGGGAAGGUGGAGGAUGUUGUGGAGACGCUGCUUCAGCUGCACAGAGCAUCCUGUCUUGAUAAACUUGGUGACCAAACGGCCAUGAUAACAGCUAUCUUGCAGUCACGUUUGGCUAGGACAUCAUUUGACAAAAACAGGUUCCAAAAUGUUUCUGAGAAGCUGCAUAUGGAGUGCAAAGCUGAGAUGGUGACGCCUCUGGUAACGAAUCCGGGACACGUGUGCAUCACAGACACCAACCUGUACUUCCAGCCUCUCAACGGACACCCGAAACCUGUGGUCCAGAUAACACUCCAAGACAUCCGGCGCAUUUACAAAAGGAGGCACGGCCUCAUGCCUUUGGGCUUGGAAGUGUUUUGCACGGAAGAUGACCUGUGUUCCGACAUAUACCUAAAGUUCUAUGAACCUCAAGACAGAGACGACCUCUAUUUCUACAUCGCCACAUACCUAGAGAACCACGCCACCGAGCACACUGCAGAGAGCUACAUGCUGCAGUGGCAGCGAGGGCACCUUUCCAACUACCAGUACCUGCUCCACCUCAACAACCUGGCCGACCGCAGCUGCAAUGACCUCUCCCAGUACCCCGUGUUUCCGUGGAUAAUAAAUGACUACUCCAGCCCAGAGUUAGAUCUGUCGAAUCCUGAAACCUUCCGAGAUCUUAGUAAGCCAGUGGGCGCCUUAAAUCAGGAACGGCUGGAGAGACUGCUGACGCGAUACAAGGAAAUGCCCGAGCCGAAGUUCAUGUAUGGGAGCCACUACUCCUCGCCGGGCUAUGUGCUCUUCUACCUCGUCAGGAUUGCACCGGAGUAUAUGCUGUGUCUACAGAAUGGAAGAUUUGAUAAUGCAGAUAGGAUGUUCAACAGUAUUGCAGAAACCUGGAAAAACUGUUUGGAUGGCGCAACGGAUUUUAAAGAGUUGAUCCCGGAAUUUUAUGACGAAGACGUCAGCUUUUUAGUCAAUAGUCUGAAGCUGGAUCUGGGAAAGAGACAAGGAGGGCAGAUGGUUGAUGACGUGGAGCUCCCAGCAUGGGCCUCAGGUCCCCAGGACUUCCUCCAGAAGAACAAGGCUGCCUUGGAAAGCAGUUAUGUCUCUGAGCACCUUCACGAGUGGAUUGAUCUCAUAUUUGGCUAUAAGCAAAAAGGGAGUGAGGCUGUAGGAGCCCACAACGUAUUUCAUCCCCUGACCUAUGAAGGUGGUGUAGACUUAAACAGCAUUGAGGAUCCUGAUGAGAAAGUAGCCAUGCUGACCCAAAUUUUGGAAUUUGGGCAGACACCAAAACAGUUGUUUGUGACACCGCAUCCUCGAAGGAUCACCCCCAAGUUCAAAAGUGUGUCCCAAGCCUCCAGCUAUAAUGCGUCUGUGACAGAUUCCCCAGUCUCUCCAGGGGAGGAGUCAUUUGAAGACCUGACCGAGGAAAGUAGAAGCCUGGCCUGGAAUAACAUCACCAAGUUGCAGCUGCAUGAACAGUACAAAAUCCACAAAGAGGCAGUUACAGGGAUAGCAGUGUCUUGCAAUGGGUCUUCAGUCUUUACCACAUCACAAGAUUCCACUCUGAAGAUGUUUUCUAAGGAAUCCAAAAUGCUACAAAGAAGCAUAUCAUUUUCAAAUAUGGCUCUAUCAUCUUGUUUACUUUUGCCAGGAGACACCACUGUCAUAAGUUCUUCCUGGGAUAACAAUGUCUAUUUUUAUUCCAUAGCAUUUGGAAGACGUCAGGACACAUUGAUGGGACAUGAUGAUGCUGUCAGCAAGAUCUGUUGGCAUAACGACAGGCUGUAUUCUGCAUCGUGGGACUCUACCGUAAAGGUGUGGUCCGGUGUUCCUGCAGAAAUGCCAGGCACUAAAAGACACCAGUUUGACUUGCUGGCCGAGCUGGAACAUGAUGUCAGUGUUGAUACCAUCAAUUUAAAUACUGUAAGCACACUGUUAGUUUCUGGCACCAAAGAAGGUAUGGUGAAUAUUUGGGACCUCACUACGGCCACCUUAUUACACCAGAUUUCAUGCCAUUCAGGGACAGUAUGUGAUGCUGCUUUUAGCCCAGAUAGUCGCCACGUCCUCAGCACGGGAGUAGACGGCUGUCUAAACGUGAUUGAUGUGCAGACGGGCAUGCUCAUCUCAUCCAUGGCCUCGGAGGAGCCACAGAGGUGCUUUGUCUGGGAUGGAAAUUCUGUCUUAUCUGGAAGUCGGUCUGGUGAGCUGCUUGUUUGGGACCUCCUUGGAGCAAAAAUCAGUGAGCGGAUACAGGGCCACACAGGUGCCGUGACAUGCAUAUGGAUGAACGAACAGUGCAGCAGCGUCAUCACGGGAGGGGAAGACAGGCAGAUUAUGUUCUGGAAACUGCAGUAUUAAGUGCCUUUUCCUCGCUGUUGAGUUCACGUCUAUUUAAUGUGAACUGGCGAAUGUGCAAUGACAGUACUUUAACUACAUGAAGAAUUUGUGGUUUCAGCUUCCUAAAUCAUGAUGACUUCAUUCAAAGCCAUUUGUUGUCAUCCAUUAAGGCAGAUAAAUAUAUGGCGGUGUUAGGGGCAAGAACAUUCUUUUGAAGACAGGACUGUCACCUGUGAUGAAGGUUACAAGACUGUACCCGGUGGCAGAGGAUAAGAACUACCCAUCCAACUGAGGAAACCGCAGGCAGCACUGGCCAGCCCAGUUCUCCGAGAGAAAGAAGCCUCUGACCCAAGUGCCCAGUUGUCACCAGGGUCUUCAGUGUGUUUUCAUGGAUUGCUGCCCUCUGCAGUGCUGUGCGCUCAGAUUCUAAGAAUCUGGGGGAGGAAUAUACUGUGUAUAGUAACGGUUUAUAUUUCAUUACGCUACUAAAUGUUCAUCUUUUCUACAUUAAAUUUUUUUCUGUAAUGAAAGCACUCUUCCUUUUCUUA